UGAACCACUCCUUAGGGCUCUUUCAAACAUACAAACUACUAGUUUAAUCACAGCAGACCUCCACACUCACCCAUAUGGCGGAGAACAAGCCUUACCGCUACGGGCUCAUCGUCCUGGGGCUGGUGCUGGUGGCACUUGGUGUCUUCUUGAUGGCCGUGGAGGAGCCACAGGUGUUUGCCACUUUCUGCACCAUGGGAGCGCUGAUGGUGGGCGUAGGGACAGUGUGGAGUAUGUGCCAGUGCUAUCCAAGGGUCACACUUAUACUGCCACACCAGGAAGUGCUGGAGAGUGCUGACAAACAGGAGCUGUGUGCUGGAGCUGAGGUCCUCCAGGUCAGUCCGACAGAACCACUCAAGGCUCCUCUGGCCUGUUUCUAUAUGGAAGAGGAAGGAGAAGAGGAUGAAGUAUUCUCCCUCACCCAGAUAGACAGCAAACCUCCUGAGCCCAAAGGUGUCCUCUACAGCUCUCCCAGCAUGCACCAGGCCCGCUCUAGCACCCCUCUCCUAACCAGUGGGACUGCAAAGCCGAGCUCUGAGCCUGAGCUCUACUACGGCAAGGUGGAUGAUUCCUGCUACUUCACAUCAGAGCUCGACAGUGAAUAAGCCCCUUAAAACUGUAGUUUGACAAAAAUAUGAUAAAAAUAUCAUGUACGAACUGCAAAUUCACAGCUACACAUGUUAAAUGUCUGAAGUUUAUUUUGGAGCUGUGGUGCUAAUGUAGCUAGUCCUGGAAUAUCCUACCAGUUAGCAUUGUGCAUAGUGCACACCUAAAUCAUCACACGCUUGGCUUAAAUCAGGGGUCAGCAACACACUGCUCCAGAGCCACACGUGGCUCUUUUGCUGCCCUGUUGUGGCUCCACAGCAGAAAAUAAAAUAAUCCUCCUUUACUGUAAAGCCCUGCUGAUCGUUUUAACACACUGUUCUAACACAGUUUUAACAAUACAUGGUCUUAAACGCUGGAGUUGUACAUAUAACUGCUAAUUCACCCUUUAACUCUGAAGAUUGGCAC